AGUCUGGCGCGGGUCCGCGAGGAGAAAAUCACAAUGAUUGUGUCGCGUGUCCGUUUGACCGCGAUUGUGUUGGUUCUAGUGUUGACAGGUGCCGUCAACACUUGCCAGGGUGCUGCCAGCUUCACCCCUGCGACGGUGGAGGGCCGCCUGCUAGUGCCCGACACCGCCAGGGUGGAUAAUGCCCUUCUCAAGACGGUCCAAGCUGACAAAUUCCUCUCUCUCUGGUUCAUUUAUAUUCUCUCGGACGCCGUCCACACCUCCAGUGAGCCGUGGACGUUGCUGGUGCCCGUCAACUCGGGUCUGCCUAAGGGCGGGGGCUUCCUGGUGGAGCGACAGGCGACGGCCAAGAUGCUACUGAAUCACGUCGUCUUGGGUCAGGUGGUCGACCCCAACAACCCGCCCAGAGAGCCCGUCACCACCCUGGCCGGUACUCGCCUAGUCUUCACCUCUGAUGACCAAGGACCCAUGGUGAACGGUGUGCGGCUCACCAGUCACGUCUACAAGUUUAGCGACGGUGUAGUCUACGUCCUGGAGAACUUCCUGCCGGUGGUGUCGGGUGGAGCACCGCCGGUGGUGCCGCGCGGAACACCGCCGGUGGUGCCGCGCGGAGCACCGCCGGUGGUGUCGCGCGGAGCACCGCCCGUGGUUGCGCGGGCGGUCACCACCCGCCUGCCACCUCUCACACACAGGUUCGCAACCUUCAAGCCCAACAGAGUCCGACCAUCGGGCAUCAACACCUUCCGACGCACGAAACCCGAAGCAGCCACAGACUACACACCUGGGGUCCAGCCCGACCUCGCAGACGAGUUCCUCCUCGCCGGCCUUCAGGCUGGACCCGAGAGCCCAGAGUCGGGCUCUGGAGCCGAAGGCCCGGAGCCUGGCUCUGGAGCCGAGGGCCCGGAGCCAGGUUCUGAAUCCGAGGGCCCGGAACCAGGCUCUGGAGCCGAGGGCCCGGAACCAGGCUCUGGAGCCGAGGGCCCGGAGUUUGGGAGUGAGCCGACAGACGACUCUGCGGCGUCGCCCGGGUCAGAGUUCUCAGAGUUCGAUGGCCCGACGGUGCAGCCCCCGAGCGAAGAGGGCCCCUUCCUGGAGUCCUUCCUGCUGGCCCUGGAGGCCGACGCCGCCUACACCGGCUCAGAGUUCCUGCACCACUUUCUCGACGCCAACAUUACCAGCAGGUUCAGAGACACCGGCAGGUACACGGCUCUGGUGCCCUACGACAGCGCCUUCUACGGCUACUACCCCAUUGACUGGGGCUUCAACCCCUUCCUGGUGGAGAACUUCACCAGAGAGCUGAUGACCAACCACUUCAUCCGUGGCAACAUUGUCCUCGAGGACCUGCCCUCGCUGGCUGAGCUUCCCACCCUCGGAGGCCGGGUCAUCAAGUUCACCAAGAGUGCUGGCAAGCUGCUGGCCAAUGGUGUCGAGGUGGUGCUGGAGAGUGAGACACAGCUCUCCAGGGGGCGCUCCUAUGCCAUCAAUGACCUCCUCUUCAUCAACUAUGACCGGGUAUUGGAACUGCAAGCAGAGCAUGGCGACUUGGAGACGGCUCCCUUGUUGGGGAACCCGUGGCCCACCUCCCAGUUUCUCUCCCAUCUACUAGGCCACCUACAAGAUGAGACCCGGACCUCCUUCUUCGCAGAGUACCUCAACCUUACCAACCUCGCUUACCUCCUACCUGGUCAUGAUGAAAAUCUAGACCCACUGAAGUACACAGCAUUCAUCCCCGUUGACAACGCCAUCGCUGAAACACUCUACGCCGACGCUCCCGACCCAUUCCUACUUGACGAGAUCCUCCGAGAAAAUCUCGUGCUCAAUCACCUAGUACGAGGCCGAUUUUACGAGAAAGAUUUGAAAGAUGGACUUUCCUUGAAAAAUCUUGCGAACAAUACAAUAACCAUCUCUAAGAGACCAGAUAAGAGCAUACUGGUGAACAAUGCUCAGGUGGUACAAUCGCAGACAUUCAUCUACAACUUGGGUAUUGUGUACCUCAUCGACAAUGUUUUGGUCGUCGAUGAUCAGGACAUCGUGAAGGCCAUCAAUAAGUUCCCAGAUCUUCAUCUUGGAGGAGUAACUGAGGAGAGCAACCCAGCCGGGUCAUCGAACCCUCUCGACGAAAACGGGAGCACCAUACUAUCUCGUCCUGCCGCAACUACUCGUCCCACAACACUGCAGGUUACAACGAGUCGGCCACCUACCAUCUCAUCGCCCACUGUAUCUCACACACUAUCGUCUGUACGGACACCCACCACUAGUCUACCACAUGCUGCCACCACCCGCUUUUUCAAUGUUCCCCACAAGCCAACCUCAACUGUCCAACCAGCCACCACAACUACAAGCACACCAGUACCAUCUCCUACAACCCCACGGAUACGAUUUGCAACUCGCACAGAGAUCAGUAUAUCACGACAAGUUGACGAUGGUGUAGUUGAACCCAUAGGAAAUCCUGCAAGUUGAUUAGUUUUAGUAUCUAAAUGAAAUUGGAGUCUUUUUGCUGUGAUCAAGAAGUUCAAGAAUAUAAAUAUAUAAAU